AUGAGCGGUGAUUACGAUUAUUUAUUUAAAUUACUACUUAUCGGUGAUUCCGGUGUUGGUAAGUCAUGUUUGUUAUUAAGAUUUGCUGAUGACACAUACACACAAGAUUAUAUCUCUACUAUUGGUGUUGAUUUUAAGAUCAAAACUAUUGAAUUAGAUGGCAAAACUAUUAAAUUACAAAUUUGGGAUACUGCAGGCCAAGAACGUUUUAGGACCAUCACAUCUUCAUAUUAUAGAGGUGCACACGGUAUCAUUAUAGUUUACGAUGUUACUGAUCUACAAAGUUUCCAAAAUGUUAAAACUUGGUUACAAGAAAUCGAUAGAUUUGGUAAUACCGGUGUUUUGAAAGUGAUUGUAGGGAAUAAGAAUGAUUUGAAAGACAAAAAAGUUGUUGAUUUUGAAACGGCUAAAGAAUUUGCUGAUUCUCUAAAUAUCCCUAUUCUAGAAACUAGUGCUUUGGAAAGUACAAAUGUUGAAGAGGCCUUUUUCACGAUGGCCAGAGAAAUUAAAGAAAACGUUAGUAAGCAGCAACAAGAUCAACAAAAUCAAGGUCAAGGGGGUCAAGGUAACGAAAAUGGUGAGGUUAACUUAAAAAAUGGGAAAUCUUUGACUGGAUCGGGUGCUGCUGGAAAUUGUUGUUAG